AUGUCAGUGCAUAAAACGGUCCUAGAUCAAAUCGUGCCAAACCAAUGGUACGAUUUCAGAGAGAAAGAGAUCAUUUUUGGAAUCUCAGUCAUCUGGGAAAAAUGGUGGCUCGGAAGUUUAUUCAUCCGCCACCGAGAUUUGAGCUUUAAUAUCGAUUACGACACUGAAAAUGGCCUUGAGGUUUUAGGAUAUCAAAUAUUCUCCCUCACUUUUGUUCCUCCUGAUGAGCAAAAGAUCGUUGCGGAAGAUGAUGAUGAUCGAGUGGUAUUGGUAUCGGAUGAGACUGAUCUCACUUCUAUAUCCGAUAAGCUUCGAUUGGUCUCAGCUGGGGGAAACUCUGAGGACAAGUCAGAAGGAACCUCUGGUAAGAGCGAGAAAUCCGAUGCGGACAUGGUGAAAUCAGACGAAGAGUUGGCACGAAUGUUGCAGGCAGAGGAAGACGCGAUGAUGUUUCAACAGUAUGUUGCUGCAAAAGAUAGCAGCGAACUCGAGAGGAGGAUUGGGAUUUAUGUCAGCCAAGUCCUUAUGUAUGAAGAUCCAGUCAGCCAAGAAGCUGCUCGAAAGACCGUUCCUAUAGACGAGCUCGAGGAGAAAGCUUUGGUUUCUCUGGCCAAGGUGAUAAUGCAGAUGGGUCAAUGAACCUUCGUGUGACUAUUGUGGAAACAAAACCAUAGGCCAGGGGAUGGGAAACCCACUUACCUCAGAGCUUGCUUAUGGAGCAAAUCGAGUUGAACUAUAUGGCUUAUAAAGGUGUACCUCUUGUCCAACAAUUACUCGAUUCCCUCGGUACAAUGAUCCGCUUAAGCUUGUAGAAACAAAGAGAUGUCGUUGCGGGGAGUGGGCCAACUGCUUUACGCUAUACUGCCGCUCGUUUGAGAAUGGACUUCACAGAUCACGUCCGGACGUAGUGCUUCUCUCACUCAUUGGGAAGAUGGAUCCAUCUUGACCCUUGUGAAGGAGUGCAUGACAAACCCAUGCUAUAUGAGAAAGGGUAAGUUUUCUUUCUUUGAGCAAUCCCCAUAAUGGACUCCCAUAUUCUCACAAAAUCUAGGCCUUGUCGAUGGGGUAGAAAUUUAAUUAUGUUCUUUCUUUGAGCAAUCCCCAUUUUGUUAUUGUUAUUGAAUUAUGUUAUUACGACUUUCGGAGUUGUCUCGAGCCAAUCAAGUAUGGGAGCCCGGAGGAUCAGUGGUUAAACAUGUUCAGUGGGUUUUGUUAAAGAAGGUUUACACGCGUGGUAAUGUGUGGAGGUCUGCUAGAGAAAAUUUUCAUCAGAAGUACAGUGAGGCAGAAAAUAAGAAACUAAGAAAUCUCAAAGAUGAUGUUGAUAAGGUUAAGAACAGUUUCUCAAGAGAUGUUCUGGUCACAUUAAUCUUGUCUAUGGAGGUAUGUAGGACGGGUAAAGAUUAUGGGUAUAUUCAUGACUUUGAGCUGGACCAUAUUCAUUCCAUUGGCGAAGAUGAGCUUGUGUGUUGUGUUGAAACUACUGAAUUACUACAAGCACGAGAUUGGGUUAAUUCUGACAUGUUUUUGAGAGCAAGACAUUAUCAUGCUAAGGGAGCCUUGCUAGGAAAUUUGGAGCAGUGUAAAGUCUGGUGUUAUCUUCUCAGAACACAUUGUAAGCAAGCUGGGGUGGUGAACAAAAACGAUUGCAGAAUCAUUGAAAAAGCUGGGGAAUUUUUCAUCUUUGUGGCGAUUUACGAGCACAUGGAGACAGCUUGUGUUCGACUGAGAAUGGGUUUAACUGGAGGCACACUCCACAGUUUUGGAGAUAGAAGAGUGCAAACAGGGCCUAAGCUACCAUUACAUUCUGGUGUUGCUUGGGUUGUUGAGGUAAGCAAGAAGAUGACAGGAACAGCAAGAACGAGGGAGUAUUUUGAGAAUCCUUCAGCGUCAAUCUUUACACGUGGAGUGUUCCACUGUCCGAGACCACCAGGGCGAUCAUUUGACGAAGUGCGUUCCUGGUUUCUGUUUGUGACUGCAGUGCUGGUUAGUUGUGACUCGUGACUAUAGUAAGAGCAUUAAAGGACCUGUAAGUUGGGCUUCUUCAUUGGAUUAGUCAAUCAAUUAAUCAUAAUUCAUAACCAACAAUUAUCUUCCUCUCCUCUUCUUUCUCUCGUCCUCUUCCUCUACUCUUCUUCUACCUCUUCGCUUAUCAGUUUCUUUCUCCGCACUUCCUUCUCCUUCGUUACGAAUCUUGUUGAU